AAUUAACAAAGCAUCCAACAUCCACCAGCUGCCCCUAUUCAUUCUAUAUUCAACCUUGACCUCCUUCACACUUUGAAACUUCCGAAAAAAGAGGAACAGGUUGUCUGAUCUACCCUUUUUCUUGAUUUUAAAAGCUUCAAUUAGGGUCUGUUAGUUGGUUGGAUGGUUGUGUUUCUUUUUGUCAGCUUAUUAAACAUCUUGAUACCUAACACAUGCACCCAUAAGUGUAAGUUUUGUACUUUAGUCAUCAUUUAAUUAUUGAUCACGUUCUAGGAGAUGAAGUUUCUUUAGAUUAAUUAAUAAAGUUGGGAGCUUUUUAUAUGGGAUCUGCUUUUUUUCUUCUGUGUCAGUAACAGAUUAGGAAUUCUUUGAUUUCAGCCUCUUUUUGGGACUUUUUGUUCAGGUCUAGUACUGGGUUUUAUUAUUUGCACACCAAGUGUUUGUUGAAAUGUCUGUGUGAGUUCAGAGCGUUAUUUGUUGGUUAUUUUGUAUAUUUUGUUAUGGGAAGUUGUAACCCCAUGAUGGAGGUAGUGGAAGAGGAGAAAUUGAUAGCUGCUGCAAGGCUGAUUCUGCGGGAAUUGGAGUCUAACAAGAAGUUAUCGAAUGAAGCGGUUAGGAUCUUGGAAGAUUUAGGCGCGCGAUUGGCAGCGAUGGCGAAGAUUGAUGAAAGUAAAGAAGACGAAGAAGAUGGGAAUGAGGAAUUGAGUGAUAUGAAGGGGCGGAUUGAUUCAAUAUACGAUAAGGUUAUGACAUUGGAAGUUGGUCAAUCUAUGAUAUGGGAUUCUGGUACCGAUGAAGCUAAGGAGUAUUUGAAGACGGUCGAUGAGGUUAGAAGAUUGAUCGAGAGAUUAGAGGGUUUGAAUCCAAGUAAAAACAGUGAAGAACACGAGCUUUUAAGGAAGGCUAACGAUGUUCUUCAGACAUCAAUGGCGAGAAUCGAGGAGGAAUUCAAACAUAUGCUUGUUCAUAACAGGCAAAACUUAGAGCGCGAACGGUUUUCCUUUCGGUCUACUGAAGACGAAGGGUUAGACGAUAGCUCAAGAUUCUCUUUCGGGGAUGAUUCGGUUGAUGAUUCGAUUCAACGAGAUAGUAUAAGCCGAGGGUCCGAGGUUUUCAUCAUGGAUUUGGUCAAUCCUAAUGUUAUUCCCGAUCUGAAAAAUAUCGCUAAUUUGAUGUUUGAUGCGAAUUAUAACAAAGAAUGUUCUCAAGCGUUCAUUAGUGUCCGUAAAGACGCUUUAGAUGAUUGCUUAUAUAUUCUUGAAGUAGAAAAAACGAGCAUUGAAGAUGUGUUGAAAAUGGAAUGGGCUGCAUUGAAUAACAAGAUCAGGCGAUGGACAAAAGCAUUGAAAGUAUUCGUACGGAUUUAUCUUGCAAGUGAGAAGUUUUUGUGUGAGCAGAUUUUCUGUCAAAGUGAGUCAAUGGCCUUGUUCUGUUUCGCUGAGUCAUCAAAAGCGUCAAUCUUGCAGCUUCUAAAUUUUGCGGAAGCGAUCGCGGUUGGGACUCACCAACCUGAAAAAUUACUCAGGAUUCUCGACAUGUAUGAAGUGUUAGUAGAUCUUACGCCAGAUAUCGAGUCGUUUUAUCCUGACGAAAAUGGGUCGUAUUUACGAGCCGAAUUCCAAGACGUGCUUACGCGUGUUGGUGAUUGCGUUACCGCAACAUUUCUCGAUUUCAAGAACGCGGUGGGGUCGAACGUGUCGAAUGCAGCGUUUCCUGGAGGUGGGAUACAUCAUCUCACUCGUUACGUGAUGAAUUACAUUCGUACCCUUAUCGAAUACAGUUAUUCCCUAAAUACCCUUUUGAAGGACCAUGGUGAAGAUCAAGGUCAAGAUCAAGGUUCAUCGUCUUCACCGGACACAAGUCCCGCGUUCGAAGACGACAGCGUCAAUGAAAACUCAUGUUUAUCUCCAAUGGGGUUGCAUUUUCGAUCACUAAUGUCGAUUCUCGAAUCCAACCUUGAAGAAAAAUCAAGAUUAUACAAAGAAGAAGCAUUGGGACACCUUUUCUUGAUGAACAAUAUCCAUUACAUGGCGGAAAAAGUCAAAGGGUCAGAGCUAAGAACCUUACUCGGCGAUAACUGGAUUCGAAAACACAACUGGAAGUUUCAACAACACGCGAUGAGUUACGAAAGAUCCACAUGGAGCUCAAUUUUGAGCUUACUUAGAGAUGAGGGGCUUUAUCAUUCCGGUAAUUCCGGUUCGAUCUCGAAGACGCUUCUUAAAGAUAGGCUGCAGGGGUUCUACACUGCCUUUGAAGAAAUUUACAAAAGUCAAACCGGAUGGUCAAUACCGAAUAAUCAACUAUGUGAAGAUCUCAGGAUCUCAAUGUCACUCAAGGUGAUUCAAGCUUAUAGAACUUUUGUUGGCAGGCAUGCGAAUAAUAUAAGUGAAAAGUAUAUCAAGUAUAGUGCUGAUGAUCUUGAGAAUUAUUUGUUGGAUUUGUUUGAGGGUUCUCCAAGAUCAUUACACAGUUUCCAUAGAAAGUGAUUUCAUUAGCUUUUUUUUUUUUUUGUGUUUUUGUUCAGAUAUCUUGUGUUGUUCAGGUGUUGUGUGUGAAUUCUUUUAAGUUACAGUUGUUAUACUUGCCUUAUGUAUUGUAAGUUGUACAUUUUAUAAAUUUGUAAUAUUUUGUGUUAUGCUAA